AUGCGCGCCAGUCCGUCCGAUGGCCGACGAAAAUGCGCGCCAGUCCGUCAGAUGGCCGACGAAAAUGCGCGCCAGUCCGUCCGAUGGCCGACGGUUCCGACCGCUCGGGCGUGGAAAAUCGGGAAACGACCGACCGAAAAUCGAAUCCGACCGGUGAAAUGCGUUUUGGCCGAGAAAUCAUGCACGCCAGUCCGUCCGAUGGCCGACGGUUCCGACCGUUUGAAUGUGGAAACGACCAUCAAGGAUUGUCGCAGAAUAAUCCGAACUGAAUGCGAGGAUACCACAGAUUUUAGUUUCCUCCGCCGAGAGAAAAAAAAAGAUAACCGCAGAGUCGACCAUGCCCUCCAGUCAACGGACGGUGGUCACCACCGAUCCCACGAUCGCAACCCUUCCCAUCCCGCUGUACGACCCAUGGCGUUAUGGGUGUGUGUCGGUAGUGAGUGGGUUUGGGGUGUGUUGUGUGUGGGUGGUUGGGUGUUUGUGGGAGGGUUGUACGGGUCGAAUGUGUGA